AUGAACCCCAAUCAAGCCCCCAACAACAACAACAACAACCUCCAAGAAAUCCUCGCAACCGACAUACAAAUCGAAAUCCCCCCCGAAACAGUCACCGCCAUAACAUCGCAAUCCCCCUUCAUCACCAUUCCAGGACUCUUCAACAUCCGUGACAUCAGCAGCGGCAGCCUACGCGCGGGGUACGCCUACCGCUCGGGUGCUCUAUCCAGAGUAUCCGACGAGGGCAAAAUAGCUCUCCGUGAAGUAGGGAUAACCACCAUCUUCGACCUGCGCAGACCCGAUGAACGGACUAAAUCGCCUAGUCCUGUCAUCGAGGGCGUCGAGACCGUCUGGGAGCCGUAUACCCGGGAGCCGGACCCGACCAACCCGCUAGACUUCAAAGAAGAGGACCAGGGCGUCUCGGGGUUUCUGAACAUGUUUACGUGUAUCAUAGAGAUCUCGACGCCGAUUUUUAGAAAGGUGUUUUUGCAUAUUCGGGAUCGGCCACAGGAGCCGUUUCUUUUUCAUUGCACUGCCGGUAGAGACCGUACCGGCGUCCUGGCGGCUUUAAUCCUCUUGCUGGCUGAUACGCCCUCCGACGUUAUUGUCCAUGACUUCGCUCUGAGUCGCAUCGGAGUCGAACCUGCUCGAAAGAUGCUGAUGACCGCCUUUCCCACCCUCUCCGGCGCUGUGACCCCAGAGAAUGCCGGGUGGCUACAGCUGAUGAGCGUGCGACCUCUUGCGAUGGCUGCGUUCUUGGAUACGGUCGAGCAGUCCCUCGGGGGCGUGAAGGGGUAUUUGACGGGCGUACUGGGGUUUUCAGAAGAGGAGGUGGAGGUUAUGCGGGCAAACUUGAAGGGGAAUUAA